AUGAAAAAGAUAUAUAUUGGCAAAACUGCCCUCAAAACCCAGAGAAAUGGUUGCAAACAUCAAAAAAGAAGCUCUUUCCAUGACCACAAGGAUGACCUUCGCAAGCGCCUGUCCUACACCACCCACAAACUAGAGAUGGUGGAAACAGAGUUCGACUCUACUCGGCAGUACCUGGAGACGGAGCUGCGUCGGGCCCAGGAGGAACUGGAGAAGUUCACAGAGAAACUACGCAGGAUCCAGAGUAGCUAUGCGGCUCUUCAGAGGAUCAACCAGGAUUUGGAGGACAAGAUGCACAGGACGUCCCAGCACCAUGAAGAGGAAAAGAGAGCCCUUAGCCGGGAGAUCAUCGUCCUCAACAACCACCUAAUGGAGGCGAAGAUCACCAUCAAUAAACUCAGAGAGGACAACGAUCUGUACAGGAAAGACUGCAACCUGGCAGCCCAGCUGCUGCAGUGCUCUAAGUCUCACUACAGAGCACACAAGAUGUCUGAGCUGCCGCUGGAUUUCCAGGAACGCAUCAGUUCCCACAUGGAGAAACAUAAUCGGGGCAGUGGAGCCACCAUGGCAAUGUGCCAUUCCAAUUACUCUGACGCUGUGCCCACAUCCAUAAUUGCCAAGGUCCUGGAAAAGCCCGAACCAGGAAGCAGUUGCCCUGUGACACGCUCACCCAGCCCGCUGCCACAGGAUGGAGACUUUCUAACGGGAACAGGAAGCACUGAUCACCUGAACCGCCGCAUCGCAUAUAAGACCUCUGACUUAUAUUGCAGCGACACAGCCCUCUACUGCCCCGAACGCUGGCAAGACACAGAACGCAGGCAGAGCAUUGACCUUCAUGGCACCGGGCUGCUUCAGCUCCAUGCCCAAAACUCCACUGACAGCAACCCAGACGAGGAGGCCUACCACUCUGGAAGUUUCUCCCACCAUGAGCCCCCAUCCUCCUUCCACCACCAUGAUGACUUUGGUACUGGCAGCCUCCCUGCCUCCAGUUCCUACUCUAGCUUCAGCCUUGCAUCGGAUGAGAAGGGUGGAGUUAGUGGUGGGUGUGGGCCCACUGCCAGCAGCACCUUAUCCUCUUCCCAUCAGGGUCUCUAUAUGAACUGGCAAGAUGGUGGCAGUGGGGACUAUGAACGUAAAAGCAUGUCCUCUUAUGAUAAAGACAGCCCAAGCUUCCCCAAGUCCCACAGCAUCCAGCACAUGGUGACACCCAGGAGCCCGCAAAAGGGCAACUCACCAGCAUACACACGGACGGCUUCAUGCUUCAGUGAACCAUACCACUCCAGCACCCCUCGCCUGGCCUCCUCUCACAGCAUGGGGUCCACAACUGGGUUAGGCCAGGCACACGGCGGAGCUCUGGACAGCAGAAGUGACAUCCAGGUCACUGAGGACGACUUGAGCAACCGCUGGAGACAGCUCAGUGUGGAAGACAUCAACACGUUCUCAUCUUCCUAUCGUAACGUCACAGGACGGGUCUCUCCGUACAGUUUCUCGGAGCGCCACUUUGCCAUGGGCCCCUCUGGUAAGGCCAAGGGGUCUAUCUACAGCAGCUUCCAAGAAGGAGACGACGUCUUCCACAGCCGGGUGCUGGACCAGUGUUUCGCUGUGGGUCCCCCUUCGCCCAGCCGCAGUCCCAGUCAUCCACCAGUGGAGCAUCGCAAACAGGAGAAAACCUCUGUGUUGUACAGAGCCAAGGAGGACAGUCAGGACUCUGAGUGCAGUCUGUUCCUCUCAGGGAGCUCUAAAGAGAAGGAGAGCAGUGGGGGAGCGACGGCAGCAAGCAGUGCCAAGAAGGACUACGUCAAUCUGAGUGCAGACAGCUCGGCUGAGUCCUUACACCAAAGCUCCCUAGAAGCCUCAAGUCUUCAGCACUACCCCAGCCCCAGGCCGAGCGUGCGGCCUCGCCCAAGUUCCAGUUCUGCUCUCAGUGUCGGCCCCGCACUCCCAAAGAAGACCUCCCCAAGAUACCAAAAAUUUGGCAGCACAGGGCUGACGAGGAAGGACAGUUUGACCAAGGCACAACUAUACGGUACACUGCUGAACUGAGCGGAGAAAAAGAGCGUUUCAUUUUAUGCAUGACGAUGAUGAUUCCUAAUUUACUGUACUGUACUGUAUGUCUCAAACGUUCCCUGCAGCAAACACAUACUUGGUGUGAUAAGGGUAUUAAGAUGUUGUUGUUUUAUGUAUCUUAGCCAAGGCACGUUUCAUGCAGUCUGCAACACUUUUUUCUAUUGUACGUCAUGAUACGGUGUAGCUACCUGAGACCAGCUAUUCAGUAUGCUUUCAUUCAAAUGAUAAUGAUGAUAAUUAGAGCCACUGGGAUGAAACCAAGAAACACAACACAGACCAUGAACUUACUGUGCUGUCUUUGGUGUUAAGUACUGUUAGUAAAACCAGCAAAAGACCAUUCAUUCCUGUUCUAAUAUAUACAGUAUAGAUAAUGGACUAAAGCGUGUAUAAUGGGAUGACUUAAUUACUCAUGUUUGGGAGAGGGAAGGUUAUUCAUUAUGUAUUGUGGACCCUGAUGAAUGCAAGCAGUAAAAAAAAGAUUUAUCCAUUUUCUAUUUUCCCCUAAACAAAAUGCUUGCUGUACAAUGCAUACAAAUCAGAUGGAAAAACACAUUUCCAGCAAAUUUGUUUCUCAUAGGGACAUUAUCUGUAAGCACCAGUUACUAAAAUGGGAUGUUUUAUUAACAUUUUGAUGCAUAACAGAUAUUUAAAAAAUGUAUUUUAUUUACAUUUCCAUGUAAUAUUCAUAGCGAGUUUUCAACAUUUUUAAUUAGAAACUUAAAUAUCACUGAAUUGGUUUACUGAAAUAAUAGUAUCAAAAUAGCCUAAAAAAUAUAUACCAGAUGUGAUGAUUUUUACAAAUUGUAGGCUUUAGUCAUGAAAUGUUUAAAUUAAACACUAAUAAUAUAUAAU